UGAAGCCCCGCCCCCUGCGUGCGCAAGACCAAAACAGAAGAUGAGAACAGCGUCCGUGCAGGAGGAACAGGAGGAAGUGAGCCGCGGUCAGCCGUAUGCUUCUGUACUAUUCCUGAUAUUCUGAUAAUAAACAGUCUGUCCACCAUCAGGAUGGAUUUCCUCCAGCAGUGAGACAGACAGAGCGGUCAGUCAUGCAGUCCUGCAGUUCUGCUCUCUGUGUCCUGGUCUUACUGACCAUUACAGUCACUGCUGAGAGUUAUACAGUUACCACAGUCAAGUCUGUUCAUCACAUCUACAACCACAGUGUAUACAGAGCACAAGAGGGUUCUCCUCCAGUGAAGGUGAAGCUUAAUGAGACGGCUACUCUGCCCUGCUCUGAGAGAUGUUCUGGUUUGGUCAGAUGGACUGUGUCCAAUAAACCCACUGAUGUUCUGGCUGAGUGUGAUCAGACUUCAUGUAGAUCAGUGAAGGAGGGAUAUCAGAUGAUCCAUGAUCAGUACCUGAAGGGGAAUCACUCUCUCAUCAUCAUUAAAGCUGAUUUCACUAAGAGAGGCUGGUACACGUGUGACUGUGACGAUAAGGAUAUCUGUGAUGUGUGUCUACAGAUUGAGCCCUUGAAUACUACAGUUCAGAUAAAGCCUGGUGAAUCUCUGGUGCUGAAGUUGGACGUAUCAGAUCUGGUGAAGGUGAUUUAUAACAGCACAGGCACAGCUGGACCAUCCAGUGGUCAGAUCUGUACAGUGGAUGGAGUCUCACUACAGUGUAAUGAUGAGUAUAAAUGGAGAAUGGCACUGUUCUCUGCUCUUGAGCUGAGAGAGGUGAAGCCAUCUGACAGUGGAGAUUAUAUAAUUAUGGAUGACAGGAAUGAAGAGGUCAUUCACACCUACACAGUGACCGUCCAUGAUGACCAGCCGUGUCCGUGCAGAGAUCAGGGAGCUGUUGUACCAGCGUGGGUGUUUGCUCUGACGAUGGUUGCACUAGUAGUUGUGUGUUUGGUAUCAGUGGUGAGGAUUUUGCGAAAGAGGAGAGAAAUUCAGCAGGACUGAAUGAUGAAUGCAAAGAAAGUCGAGUUGAACUGAAAGAAAGAACCGCGAUGUUCAACUACUGUUCACCACGAUGGAGAAGAAAUGAGCUAUUUGCUACUUUUAAGCAGGAAAGCUGCAAGAUCCAAUCCAAGAUCCAAGACCAAGUAUCCAAUCAGCCAAUCACAUGGCAGCAUGAGUCUAGAGCUUCAGUUAAUAUUCCCCUAAACAUCAUGAGCAGGGAAACAUUAUGAUCUAAGUGACAACUGGAACAGAGAGAAGUAGUGAAAACAGAAUCGGAAGAAGUAGAAGGAAAGAAAGGGUGAGAUAACUGUCACAAGUCAGUUUCUUAAAAGAUACAUAAUAAAUUUUUAAAAAUGAUAAUAAUAUGUAAGUAUGAUUAAUUACAAUUAUAUGAUAUAUAAAUAAAAGUGUAAUAUCUUUGUAAAAGUAAACAGACUCAAUAACUCCCAGCACACGUCAGAGUCCACAACUGAAUAGAGGUGCACACUGCAAUCUAAUAGAGGUGGACUCUACAACUGAAUAGAGGUGGAAUCUUCAAGUGAGUUAUUUCAGAACAGGGAGAAGGAGUGAAGGAGGAUCAGAACAGGGAGAAGGAGUGAAGGAGGAUCAGAACAGGGAGAAGGAGUGAAGGAGGAUCAGAACAGAGAGA